AUGAGGGCUGCAAAGUUGUGGUACCUCGUGUACUUUGCCGCCCUGAGCUGCCUGUUCCCCUUCCUCAACCUCUCCUUUCGCCGCCUGGGCCUGUCGGAGCGGUCCAUCGGCAUCCUGGGGGCCGUGCGCCCCUUCAUCUCCCUCCCCGCCGGCUCCCUCUGGUCCGGCGCCGCCGACAAGUCGCGCCGCCACCGCGCCGUGCUGCUCCUCACGCUCUGCGCCUCGGUGCUCGCACGCCUGUCGCUGGCGGCGGUGGGCAGGCUGGGCUUUGCGCCGCUGCUGGCGAUGGUGGCGCUCACAGAGUUCUUCGCCGCGCCGGUCACCAUCAUCGCAGACGCAGCGGUGAUGGCGGCGUGCGCGGAGCGUGGGGACUACGGGCGGCAGCGGCUGUGGGGCGCCGUGGGGUGGGGCGCCUUCGCCGCGGUGUCAGGCAGCGCCAUCAGCCACGCAGGCGUCGGCGCAGCCUUUGCGGGACACGCUGUGCUGGCCGCGCUGGCGCUGGCACCCACGCUCCGCCUGCCCUUUGGCCCGCUGCACGCCCGGCUGGCCAGGCAGGCCGGCGGGGCGGAGGCAGAGCGGAGCGGCAGCGCGGAAAAGGAGCAGCAGGAGCAGCAGGCACGGCAGGAGCAGCGGGCGACAGGGGAGGAGGCAGCAGCGGGCAGCGCUGACGCCACGGGCACGCCGCCAAAGCCGCCCGGCGGCGGCAGGAAGGCCGCGGUGCAACGCUUCGACAGCGCCUUCAUUGAGAAGGAGGCCCUGCUGGCAGGCGGCGCAGCAGCGCAGCAGGAAGGCUCGGGCCCCGGCUCUGCAACGGCGGCGGCCGCCGACGGCGGCACGACUGAGCAGCCCGCGGGGGGGCAGCCGGCGGUACGGUACUGGCGCGGCCUGGCGCAGCUGCUGGGCGACCCUGAAGCCGCCAUCUUCAUGGCUAUGGCCACCACCAUGGGCUUUGGGGUGGGCAACAUAGAGGGCUACCUGUUUUUGUUCCUGGACGAGCUGGGCGGCUCGGAGCUGCUGAUGGGCCUCUCCCUCACCGUCACCUGCGCCGCCGAGUCGCUGGUCUUCUUCUUCCUGCCCCGCCUCCUGCGCGCCGGCACCCGCCGCUGCAUGCACCUCGUCUUCGCCGCCUUCAUGGUCCGCAUGGGCUGCUACGCGGCGCUGAAGCAUGCGCCCACACCCUGGAUGGUGCUGCCAGCCGAGGUGCUCCACGGCUUCACCUUUGCACUGGCGUGGGGGGCUGGGUGCGCCUACUGCGAGCAGCUGGCGCCGCCAGGUCUCGAGGCAACCACGCAGGGGCUGUUUCAGGGGCUGUACUUUGGGCUGGGGCAAGGGAUCGGCGCCCUCUGCGGCGGCUGGCGGUCGUCUGCCUGGCGCUGGAGGAGCGCAGCCGGGCACGGUACUUGCAAGUCGCUGGCAGCGAUCUGGAGAUGA